CACCCGCACUUGCAGUCUCUUUCAGUUACCAACAGACCGAGCAACUGUUUGUAUCGAGUGUUUUGGAGGAAAAAGUAAGUGUGUGUGUUCACGAAGGAGUGGAAAGGAAGAAAGUUUUAGAUCAAGAAAGAAAGUGACGUAUGAGAAGGAGAAAGAAGGAUAACUGACCCGGAAUAGUAUUAACUAAUAACGGAAGUAACAAAAAAUAUAAUAACCGGACACAAUGUCGAGAGAUCUACACAGCAGCCUGGUCUGAACAAAGGAAGUCUCUUUUGCGAAGGCCGUGGUUUCCAUUCAACGAACCCCUCAAGUCUUUUCCUCGUCCUUCGUUGUCUCAAUAGUUAUUUCAUUUUGUGUGAACGUAUCUAUUUUAUUUGCAAACGAAGCCGAUUAACAAUCAAGACGCUACUGGAAUUUUGAAAAAAGUGAAAAUAGUAAAGAAAAUCCUGGCAGAGGGAUCAACUUGUAAUUCUUGAUAAACGUGUUGCGUCGCUUCUGCCGGUUUCCUUUGUUCAGGUCCAACUGUUUCGCGCGUUAAUCUGGUGUUUGGCGUCUCGAAUGUGACAUUUGUCAAUUUUCUUUGGUGUGUGAGAGAGAAGGAGAGUUCAAUACAGAACGCCCAUGUGUUUCAACGGUGUCGAAUAAAGGGUACGUGUGUCAUUUAUUAGUGGUUAUUUCAUGAAAAUUGGGGAAAUUUUGCUACUUUAAACUGGCGCUGCCGGCGACAUAACCUUAAUUUAACGCGCGCGUUGAGGUUGGAUUUAACACUUCUCGACAUAGUGUUCAACGACGAUAAUGAAGCAGGAAGUUUAAAGUGUGUACUUUUACAGUGGAUGCGUAGUAUUUCAAGUUCUAAUUUAUAUUCAACUUCAACACAAGUGUUUCGGCUGCUUCCUUCAGAUUCAUACCGAGAAUUAACUUCGGUCUGAUAUGUGCCACGAGAAGUAAGAAGAGUGGAAAUUCACGGAAAAAUUAUUGUUCAUUAUUGAGUGCUCCUCUAUUCUUGGAUCACGGAUUAUACUCUUUUAUUCGCUGUGCCGAUUCGGAUAAAUAGAAUUUCGAGGCUUCAGGAUCAGUUUUAAAUUUUGGUUAUAGUAAAGGUGAGUUUUCAAGAAUUGCCAGCAUACAGUGAUACAUCUUUGGAAUAAUCCUUUUGGAUUUUGGUUUCCUGCCUCUUUUCAAAGGGCGCGCGAUAUUUCGGGCUGAUUUUAAGGGAUGCCGGUUGACUGAAGAUGGCCUCUCCAACACCAUCAUUGGAAUCGCGCGCGAAUUCCCUUGGCUCCCUGGCUUCGCUCUCUCCGCUGACGGUGAGUGGCAGUUCUCCACCAGCAAGCGACUCAGCGAUCUGUGACGUCGAUACCUGUGAUAUCUGUUUGGAUAGUGCGAAACCCGGAGACGCACCGUGCCCGCGUUGUCGAUUGGGAGGCGCUGGCGGCAACGGGGUUCGUUGCACCGGCUGCAAAUCAACCGAAUCAGACGCAGUAGCAAGGUGCUUCGAUUGCGCCAAUUUCCUCUGUCCCAAUUGUGUGAUGGCUCAUCAAUUCAUGCAUUGCUUCGAAGGUCACCGAGUAUUGAAUCUUGGUGACUCGAAAUUGGAUUCUGCUACAGCGAAUAGCGAGAGCAAGAACAAUCUUGUCGUGAACGGGGGCAGCAAUGGCGAGAAGAUUCUUUUUUGUCCACGACACAAAAGCGAGCUCCUGAAAUAUUUUUGCAGACACUGUACAGUGCCAGUUUGUAAAGAGUGCACCAUUUCUGAUCAUCCGGCGCCACUUCAUGAUUGCGCCCACAUCUCGGAAGUAGGACCCCAACAACUUGAGGCUGUUGCGAGAAUCGUACAGGAGUGUCGAGCAAAAGCAGCCGAUGUUCGUGCUGCCGUGAAAGCUGCCGAUCAUGGCGCAGCAAGAUUGCAAGUUCAGUAUCACAAAGCACAAAACGAGAUCAACGAUACAUUCCAAUUUUACCGAUCCAUGCUGGAGGAGCGCAAGCAAGAAUUGCUCAAGGAGCUCGAGUCCGUUUUCUCGGCGAAGCAAAUAUCUCUCGGCGUUGUCACGCAAAAAGCAAACGAAAUGGCUGACAAGAUCCAUCAGACUUGCGAAUUUGUUGAAAGACUGACCAAACACACAACUGUCACCGAAGUCCUUAUGGUGAAGAAACUCCUAGAUUCGAAAUUACAAAUUCUUUUGAGUUACUCUCCCGACAUUGCUAAUCAAAACGCUGAUCUUGAAUUCGUCAGUAAUUUCCAAGCGAUUCAGGUCGGUGUCAGGAAUACAUUCGGCUACGUACGCAGCAACAGUGAGAGUAACGCUGGACCCAGUAAACAGCCACCAAUCGCGAGACCAACAUCACUUUCCAAUGGAAGCAGUAACAACAGCAGUGGACCAGGAAGUGCUGGAUCAUUAGGGGGAUUACUACUCGAUCGGCCCUACAGCAAUGGACUAGUCACAAGUACAAAUUGCGUUUCCACGUCACCAUCACCUUUUGAGAAUAACAGCGUCAUCUCGAAGAGGUUCAGCUCCGCAAACAGUCUCGGACCAUUCUCGACCACGAUCAGUGAUCUCGGAAUGAAUCCUUACGAGAAAUGGAGCAACGGCGGCAAUGACGCAUAUCCAGUCUCCGUGACGAGCAACGAUCACUUCCCUCUGCCAGCAGUAGCAACCGCUACAGCGGCUCCUGGUGACUCCGUCCUCGAUCUCACAUCGAAGCUCAUGUCCUCCGCUGCCAUAUUCCCACCAAAGUCACAAAUCAAACGACAGAAAAUGAUCUAUCACUGCAAGUUUGGUGAAUUUGGAGUCAUGGAAGGUCAAUUCACAGAACCGUCAGGAGUCGCAGUCAACGCUCAAAAUGACAUUAUCGUGGCGGACACCAACAAUCACCGAAUCCAAAUCUUUGACAAGGAAGGAAGAUUCAAGUUCCAGUUUGGUGAAUGCGGCAAACGCGAUGGGCAAUUACUCUACCCAAAUAGGGUCGCUGUUGUUCGUACGUCCGGAGAUAUUAUCGUCACUGAGCGCUCGCCAACGCAUCAAAUUCAAAUCUACAAUCAGUACGGACAAUUCGUCAGGAAGUUUGGAGCCAAUAUUCUCCAACACCCACGUGGGGUGACUGUCGAUUCCAAGGGUAGAAUCGUCGUCGUCGAGUGCAAAGUUAUGCGGGUUAUUAUCUUCGAUCAAGGUGGCAAUGUACUGCAAAAGUUUGGCUGCUCCAAGCAUCUGGAAUUUCCAAACGGUGUCGUUGUCAAUGACAAGCAGGAGAUCUUUAUCAGCGACAAUCGUGCCCACUGCGUCAAGGUCUUCAACUACGAGGGAGCUUACCUCCGACAAAUUGGCGGCGAAGGCAUCACCAAUUACCCAAUUGGUGUUGGCAUCAACGCAGCCGGCGAGAUCCUCAUUGCGGACAAUCACAACAACUUUAAUUUGACCAUCUUCACGCAGGACGGCCACCUCGUCUCGGCACUCGAGAGCAAGGUGAAACACGCCCAGUGCUUCGAUGUCGCACUCAUGGACGACGGUUCCGUUGUCCUCGCCAGCAAGGACUACCGGCUCUACAUCUACCGCUACGUGCAAGUCCCUCCAAUAGGCAUGUAGACCAAACAGUGAGGACGGUUCGCAUCUAGUGGACUUUUUUUUACUUGCCCAUCUACCUAGCUCAAACAUCUAGCCUUCCCUCACUUAAUUCCAUAUCGUUUCGCCUGUCUUGCUACAAGUCACUCUUGAUGAUCCACGAGUCGCGCACUUGAUUGUUAGGCUGACUCUCGAUAUGCAUUUUUGGAAAUCAUGCCUCAUCACGCCUGAUUUCUUGAGUCACUCUCAGUAUAGAGUAAUUCUUGAUUCAAAAAUCGAUUUAAUUCGCCUUGAUUUUUGAAAUCAUGCUUCAUUUUCAGUGACACUCUUCGAUCCUCAGACUGACUGACAAUUCGUAACCGAAACUCGUUAAUCUCAAGAGUCAUUCUCGAUUUGAAGACACAAACAAGAGUGCCCAGAGCGUUCUUUUCGACAUCGACCUAACCUCUCGCGACUGUUUCAUAGGCACGCACAAGCGAGGAUUGAACUGUGUGUACUUCAAAAUAAGCCAUUUAAAAAAAAAAACAGAAAAGAGAAAAAAACUGACGUACGUACAUACGCGUGAAAAACUUACUUGUUAAUGUUGUUAUAACUGAAAAUACUGUUGUUGUUGUUUAGUUGUAGAGCUCGCCGCCGCUAGUCACUUUUCCUCCUCUUCCCCAUUCAUCCCCUUUGCCCGUUUUUACCCUAGGUUCCCGAAGUUAUUUCAAUAAAGCCUUGUCCUCAAAUUGAAAUCUACCUUACCCCACUUUUUUUGUAUCACCGUUGUCAUCGGCUUAUCUGCUCGCUAUCCAAGGCGAAUCGAAUCGACCAUCGUUAUCGUCAUCCUGCAACUUUACACGGUUUCCACUAAGAUUAUUAUUAAUAUUAUUAUUAUUAUUAUUAUUAUUAUUAUUAUUUUACUAUUGUUCUUUGACAAUUUAUUAAACGUGACUUUUUUUACAUAUAAUUAAGCAGAUCAUGAAUUAGCGACUUUGCUUAUCGAGUUGUGAAUUAUUAUUUUUGUCUUUAUUUAAUUAUAAACUGACGACACAACGUUACGCCGUUUAGGUUUAGUGAGGAGAAGAGAAAAAAAAAUAGAAACUUACGUCUAACGAAGGUGAGACUAAGUCUCUGAAUUGCGCCAGGGAGACAAGAUUAUAUUUACAAGGAAAAGCGUGACAUGAUCGGUAUGAUUGCAAGUCAUUUGCCUGUCACGUGUAAUAAAAAUAGUCCGCCUUUUUUUAUAACUUUUUUUAAUGUACAUAUAAAAUCCAUUAUGUUGUUUUCGAAGAUAGUUCGCGUCACGUUUUUCACGAACAACACGUUUUUUGUUGUUUCCAACAACAACACCUUAAGGUACCCCAGGGUACUUUAAGCGACGAAGCCAUCAGGGUGCUUCCAAGUUUGAAACCUAAGAAAAAAAAAGUUUAUAAAAUAUAAUUUUUUCACGUUUCGUAGUUUACUGUAAGUAAGAAAAUAUUUUUUAAAGUCUCAAAUAAAAAAUAAAGUUGAAUAUAAAGGAAGAAUAAAAAUUAGAGAUUAUAAAUCAAAGUUUCUAAAUAUUCAAGAUGUGUAAACGAGUCUUUAAAAAUCAAAGUUUUUGUUUACAGAAAAUUGACUAGGUUGUUAUGUUAACAAUUAAAAUUUUAAACAAUUGGAGAUGAAAAUGAAAGUCUUUUAUUAAAUAUCGAGAUUCAAAUAUUUUGAAUAUUUGAGGUUAAUAUCAAAAAAGAAGGAAAUAGAAUAACUUUCUUCUAUUAAGUUUUUUUCAUCUGAAAAUCUUCAAUUUAAAAGAGAUCACAUCGAAAGAUUAUUAGAGCUAUAGAUUGAUAUAUCUCUAAACAAACAUAUAUUUUAGGUGUAUGACGAUCAAAUGAUUUUUAAUUUUGACGAUUUUUUAAAAUCUCAAAGAAGAACAAUAAAAGAUUUUCAAAAUUAACAAUCGAAAUCGAAAAGAUGACAUGGGUGACUUAAUUCGAAAAGACUUAAAUGAAAAUACAUAAAUAAUCUUAACCUUCUGCUGAUGCGUUAUCGUCAAAAAUCGGCAUUUUGAACGCCUUGGUAGGGACUAUGGGCGAUAAGUUAGCAUCAGCAGAGGGUUAAUUUUCACAAACUGAUGAUCGUGAGCAUAAAUAAGAGAUUUCUGAGAAAUCAAUCUCGUAGUCCUAUAAAACACAUAUUUUUUUCUUGUAGUUUUAUUAAGUAAACAAAGAGACCAAUGAGAAUUGUGGUAUUUUCUCGAAAAUACCGGAAGCACCCUGAGAGCGAGGUUCGUUUAAAAAAAAAAGACAGUAUUAUGCGCAUUUUUCCUUUCCUAUUAGUACAGUGUAGACAAAUCCUUUUUAGACAACACGACUUAGUUUAAAUCGUUUUCUUUUUAAUAAUUAUUAGUGUUUCUUUGAUUUUCCCAAUUCCUUCGCCCUCCCUCGACAUUUCCUUAUGUAAAGUAGAAUAGUAGAAAGUUUUUGAAUUUUUUUUAAGUAUGAAAUAAAAAUGUUUUUCUGUCUCUAUCUUUUUUUUGUCUGUUAUUGUUUUUCUUGGUUUGUUUUUUCACUUCCUAUAUAUAUAUAUAUAUUUUUAAGUACAUAUCGCUCUCGAUUAUUUUUCAAGAACGACCAAUUUAAGGUAUAUCAACGAAAGUGCUCCUGUUUUCUUAAUCGAGCCUAUAUUAGUAAUAUAUUUUGUUGGAUGGGUCGCGAACCGGAUUAUGAUUAACCGAGUUAACGACUUUAUGCGUGUUUACUAUUAUUAUUAUUAUUAUUAUUAUUAUUAUUAUUAUUAUUAUUAUUAUUAUUAUUAUCAUUAUUAUUAUUAUUAUUAUUAUUAUUAUUAUUAUUAUUAUUAUUAUUAUUAUUAUUAUUAUUAUCAUUAUUAUUAUUAUUAUUAUUAUUAUUAUUAUUAUUAUUAUUAACUUGUCCUUCUUUUUAUUUACUCGAAUGCGUUAUCAGGACAUAAGUGUUACUACUGAUUCGUCGCGUUUGAAUUAAACGACUUUUGAUUAUAACUCAAAUAGUGUUUAAAAAAAUUCGUCUAACAUGUAAUUUGUCUUUUUUUUUAAUUUUUAAAAUGUUUCCAAAGAGAGAAUCUCCGGAGAGAAUACGUAAUUUUUGACGAUUUUGAAUAAAAGCUGAAAGUCUUUCAUUAAUUUUGAUUUUCUUUAUUUAGAAAUCGUAAUUUUUGUUUUUCGAAACUUUCAAUAUUUAUUUUUAUUUAAGAAAACUGACAAACAGAUAUUAGAAAUUGGAAAGACUUUAAAUUUAAGAAUUAUGAUGAUUCAAAACUUUAAAAAUUCCUUAUAAAGGUAAAAAUUUUUUAAGUUUUGAAUUGAAUAUUGUUAAAUAUUAUUAUUAGAAUUUGAUCAUUAUAAAAAUGUGAAAUUAAGCAUUGUUUCGCCUUUGUUUGUUUAUGUGACUGUUUUUUUCACUUUUUGUAAAAAAAAAGAACAUUUAACAUUCAUCAAAUUAUAUUUUUGACAAUUUUAAAAAACUUUCUUUAAAUGCAGUUUUGUUAAAUUGAAAUUUGAAUAUUUAAAAAAAUGUUUGGACUAAUAAAAUAAAAAUUUCGAAAUCAAUGGCUUAAUUAUGUAAACCGUAAUUGUUUUCCCCUUCGUUUUUCACUCAGAAAUUUUGAAAAUUUCAUUUUGACUGUUGUUACGUUAAACUAGGGUAAAAAUGUGUAAUUAAAAAAUAUUAAUCACAUAUUUUUACGUUUAAUUUUUUUGGUAAAUUCUUAAUGCACUAACGUAUUAACUGUCAAAUUGCCAUUUUUCAAAUUUCUAGGCAAAAACAAUCUAAGGUGAAAGACGAAGAUGAUUUUAUAAUCGUCUACAUAAUUGAGCCCCAGGUCGAAAAAUUCAGUGUAAAUCAAAUUAAUAAAAAAGAAAAGAAAUUUGCCAGAUCUAAAUGUGGACUUUCCCAAUUUCCCAUCUUACUUAUUUUAUAAUGAUCAUCUUGUCGAUGGGGGACAGAAAGAUGCCAUUCAAAUAUCAACUUUUUUAUUCAUUUUACGUUGACAGAAAUGUUAUAUGAGAUGUUAGUUUUUCAAUUCUUAAUUCGAAUGGCACCUUUCUGUUUCCAAUCGACGAUCUGCUUCGGAGAUUCUCGAUACCAUGAUCGAUCGAUUAUUCUUUGUCAAACAAACGAAAUGAGAGGAUUGAAAAUGAACAAAAACUUUCACGUCUUCGAAUGUCAUUUAGUUUUUUUGUGGAAAAGUCAAAAUUUGAAAUUAACAACUCAGAUGUCAUCAACGAUUAAAUAAUCAUAAUUCGUGGAAAACAUUUUUGCGACGAAAUAUAACGUUGGGCGCAGAUUAAAGUUGUUUAAUUUCUUUUUGUACGUAGUUUGUAAGAUUGUCAUAUGAGGUCGUUGCGAGGCAAAACUUUUUCACUUUCGGUACGUUUUAUUAUAUCCUUGUUUUCACACAUAUUUUUUAAGAGAAAAAACCAUCAUUUUUCGUAAUUAGUCCUUUUAAAAAAAUCGAUAUGCAAACAUUGAGCAUUCGCAUUGACCUUAUUUUCUUACGCGUCUACGUGAUCCCUGCGAAUAAAAUGAAUAAAUCUGUAACAAAAUAAAUGAAUAAAAGAAAAAAACAAAUUGAAAAAUCGAUCGAUCAACAAACACUUGCCGACAUUUCAAUUUUCUUCUCUGCUAGAGGGGGGGGGGGAUCAAAUUGAACGACGCUAUUUUUGUUAGGUUUGUGCACGAUAUCGUUGAAAAAAACAUGCGACAUUCUCUCUUUUUUGUACGGUUUGUUAUGUUAUUAUUUAAAAUGAUAAACCCAAUUGUUCUUAGUUUAAAUGUAAAUCAUAUUUUUGUUUGUUUUAGUUAUUUUUUUGUUGUAAAAUGCUUUUUAAUAAUAUUUUCAGUUUACAUUACAUGGAA